AUGGCAAAGAAAUCAUCCAGUAAUUAUCGUGAAGGUUUAAUUGCUGCGAAAUUAGCAGUUGCUAUUCAUAACAAUAAGGAGAACAACAACAAAAUAAUUCCAAAUGAAAAACAACAACAUCUUGAAGAAGAAAAGGUGUUAUUGGAUAAACAAAAAAAUCUUGCACAUCAGAUGAAGGAAGCUGAAUAUUUGAUAGAAGAAGGAACAAAUCGAUUAGAAGGUGCAUUGAAAAGUGGUAUUUUUUCAGAAGUACAUGCAGCUACACUUUUGAUUGUCGGAAGUCGUGAAAAACUAACAUCAAUUAAUGAACAACAGCAACAACUUACAAAUGAAUUCGAUAAGCUUCGAUUAAAAAGAAAAGAUGCUUUUCUUCAUGAACAAUCUAUCACCAAGAAGCUAAAAUCCAUCCAAUAG